AUGAUGCUCACGCAGUUCGCCAUUGAGUACUGUCCGAGACCAGCUAUUAAAGGCCAAGCCCUUGCGGACUUUUUGGUCGAGUGCACAGCUCGCGAGCAGCCUGGAGAAACGUGCCCUAUGGAGCAUGGCCAGACCUGGGGACUUUCAACGGAUGGCUCUAGCAGUAAAAAGGGAGCGGGCGGAGGCGUAGUGAUAACUAGCCCAGAGGGCUUCAAGCUCUACUAUGCGCUCCUCUUUCGUUUUACCCCGACUAAUAACGAGGCGGAGUACGAAGCGCUAUUGGGAGGCAUUGAUCGAGUAAAGGCAUUAGGUGCAACAACGGUAAAGAUCACCACUGACUCCGCUCUCGUGGUCGGGCAAGUCUUGGGAACAUACGAAGCAAAAGGAGAUCGCCUUAUCCGAUAUCGAGACCAGGUGGUGCGGGAGCUCGCGACCUUUGAGACUCACUCUAUUCAGCACAUUCCCCGAUCCGAGAAUGCCGAUGCGGACAUACUAUCUAAACUUGUUCAUCAGGCACCAGAGCACAUAUCAGGAAUCGCUCGGAUUGAGGAAGUACCCGCGACACGGAUCACCGACCUAAUAAACUACUUGCAAACCGGAGAGCUCCCCGAGGAUGAUGCCCGUGCUCGUAAGGCAAAGCUACGAGCCCCCAGAUUUGAGGUGUUGGAAGGAAAGCUGUACCGACGCUCAUACGGCAGGCCCUUAAUGAGGUGCCUCAACUCCUUUGAGGCGGACCUGGUUAUGACCGAACUUCAUUCUGGUAUAUGCUCGGCCCAUCAAGGAGGACGAUCACUUGCGAGGCGAAUCAUGCUUAUAGGAUACUAUUGGCCGUCCAUCCAGAUUGAUUGUGAGGCGCUCGCCAAGAAAUGCAAGUCCUGCCAACGUUUCGCCAAGCUUCCAGGCCGACCGGCAACGUUUUACAAGCCAAUCGUCACCGAUAACAAGCGCCAAUUCGAGAACAAGUCCUUCCAGAAUUUCUCAGCUACCCUCGGGACGAGGUCGACAAGGACCUCUGCCGCGUACCUACAGGGGAACGGUCAAGUUGAGAAUGCCAACCGGACCAUCUUGAGCGGCUUAAAGAGAAAGCUCGACUCGGCGGGUCGGAGCUGGGCCGAGGAGUUGCCCUACAUACUCUGGGCAUACCGGACCACACCGAGGGAAGCGAUCGGCGAAACCCCGUUCGCACUCGUCUAUGGCUCCGAGGCAAAGCUCCCGAUCGAGGUAUGGAUCCCAACCAGAAGGCAGAAGGAACUCGACCUAACCGAGAAUGAGAGCCUGAUGGCCACCGAUCUAGAUCUCUUAGAUGAGCGGAGGCAUAUGGCCGCCCGAAGAAUUGCGAGCUACCAGCAGAGAGUGAAGACCUAUCACGAUUCUCGCACCCGGCCUCGCUACUUCCAGGUAGGGGACUACGUCCUCUGGAAAAGGGAGGCGAGUAGACCUCAGGAAGGAGGCAAACUGGCCCAAGCCUGGGAGGGGCCCUACGUGAUUGCUACCGUAAUUCGACUAGGAACUUACCGACUGAAGACCACCACCGGCAAGGACGUGGAUCGGAUAUGGAGUUCGGAGAACCUAGUCCUGUAUUAUCAUUAA